AUGGGUCUUGAUAAUGCGGGCAAUUGUGUUCAGAUUGCUGAAAUGGAUGGAUUUUGGCAGAACGAGCUCUGCGAUGACAGAGCCCCAUAUGUUUGCGUUCAAGAUGGGAACUGUUACGGCCGCAACGGGGCUUUUGGCCACGGCAAGGUCAACGUCAAGCGGCAGGGCUGGCACGAUUUACCCUAUGGCCUCCUGGAGAAAAUAACAACGUCGGUUGACUGCUGCGGAGGCCUCGGUAACGUCGACUACUCCAAGAUGGACUUCAAGGUGUUUGAGGAAGUCUUAAAACACGUCAACUUUAAGGACACCAACUUCCACAUUGCUGUUUGCGCAAUUGUUUUCAACCCGCUUUUCUGGAACUUGGUGGCAAGAUGGGAACACCGGACACGGAAACUCUCAAAGAUGUUUGGAAGCCCCUACGUCGCCUGCUACUUCCUUGGCUUCAUUAUCAUCCUCCUCAAUGUGUAUCGAAGCCACAGCAUGACCGUCGUGAUGAAGACACAGGCCAGGUGGGAAAUACUGGACAGGACUGAGGUCUUUCAAACUGGCGUUCUCCUCAUCGCGGUGGGCUCUCUGCUCGUCGUCAGCAGCUUUCUCGCUUUGGGAUUCACCGGGACGUUCCUUGGUGACUACUUUGGCAUUCUAAUGGAUGAAAAGGUGACAGGCUUCCCCUUCAGCCUUACAGAUAACCCAAUGUAUUGGGGCAGCACUGCCAACUACCUCGGAUUAGCACUCAUAGGCGCCAGUCCAAUCGGUCUCGUCUUGACUGCAAUUGUGGCGUUGGUCUACAAGAUUGCAAUUGGAUUUGAAGGACCUUUCACUGAGCACAUCUAUCAACAAAGGACGCGCAAACGUGAAUAA